AUGACUCGCGUCUUCAUGGACAUCACCGCUGAUGGCGCGCCGCUCGGAAAACUUGUUUUCCAGGUAAUAACCCAAAUAAUUCUUCACAUUUUUGUGUUUAAUUCUGUCUAAUCCUAUAAAAAAAGUUUGCAGCUAAACACUGAAAAAUGCCCAAAGACGUGCGAAAACUUCCGGAAACUUUGCACCGGUGAGCUGGGAUUCGGCUACAAAAAUUGCGUUUUCUAUCGCGUUAUCCCAACUUUUUGCGCUUGUGUGAGACCCUUUUUCGUUAGUUUUAUGGAAAUUUCAACUCGAAUUUUGCAGUCUGGCGAUUUUGAAACGCAAAACGCGAAAAGAGACGGCGGGAGGUCGAUUUUCGGCGAAAAAUAUUUCGAGGACGAGAAUUUCGAUGUUCCGCACGACAAAAAGUGAGUAGAAUUCUCACUUUUCACAUUGAAUGGAACAUUUUCAGGGGAAUUUUGGGAAUGGACAACUACGGCUGGGAGAAUACGAAUUCGUCGCGUUUUUAUGUCACUUUCCGCGAGACGCCCUGGAUGAACCGCUUCCACGUGGCGUUCGGCGAGCUCGUCGAGGGAUUCGACGUGCUCGACGCCAUCGAAAAGUUCGGAGUUCUCGAGGGCGACGGGCCGCAGCAGGGAAGAACGACGGCGAAGAUCGUGAUCGCCAACUGCGGAAUGCACGAUCCCAUAUAA